AUGCCAGCAUCAACGAAUAAGAUCGAGGAUCCAUGUCAGGAAUGUCGUGACCGCCAUCUCAAAUGCGACGACAACUAUCCGAAGUGCAAACAAUGUGAGCGUCUUGGGGAGAGAUGUCGGCGCGGCAAGGGCAAGCUCAAAUUCCGGGUCGGCUCCAGCGCAAGAUACGAUGCCUCCUUUUCCAAAGAUCAAACAUGGCUCGAGCAGACCAAGAAUGCCAAGUUCCAAUUCGUUGACCAAGGCCCGGAGUUGGAAAACUACUACUCCCAGGACGAUCUCGCGGUGACUAGUACCAAAGCAAAUGCUCAAGACGAGAGACAGGAAAAUGCCUCUGGGCCGUCCAAACGUCUUGAGUCAUCGGUCGAGGCCGAGCUGUCCCCAACAGUUCGCAGCGCUCCCUCGACCGACCUGCCUCCUUUCUUAUCGCCUUUCAAUGCAAACCAUGAGUCAGUCUUGGUACAUUCUCCCAUAAAACGGAGGAGAACUGCGGAUGCGAUUUCGCCAGAAUAUCAGACCCACUCCAAUCGAUCGCCCAACGGCGCCUACGACCCCAUCCGGUCUCAAUAUCGGAUCUACGACUUUCCCAAAGUUUUCAGCUCUACCAGUCCGGACGGCUUUACCUAUAUGCCCGAACAACAUCAAGUCGCCAAAGUGGUAGAGGCCGAGUAUCGUCGCCUGGCCGAUUCUGCGGCGGCUACCAUUCCAGAAGAUCCACUACUCUCCCCCGCCAUCUGGAAAGAGGAGUUCUACUGGCCGAACCAAUACACCACAACACAAUGUGCCUGUUUGAUGCGAUACUAUAUUGAAAAUCUCGCACCAUGGUUCGACGUGGGAGAUCCAGCCAGGCAUUUUACAUUGGCCGUUCCCCAACGUGCCAGGCGAUGUCCUCCGUUACUGAAUGCCAUUUUCACGCUGGCAGCAAGACAUCUUGCUUCGCUCCCUCGAUUCAAGACGACAGACGGUGUCAUCCAGUACCAAAAUAUACUCCUUCCCAAAUUGACCGAGGACACUGCUGUCAAAUAUCAUAACGCAUGUAUUGCGUACCUCAUCAAACUUUCUAGCGACUCAGAGCAUGUUCGAGACGAGAACUUGCUUGCCGCCGCAGUCAUUCUGCGAUAUUAUGAAGAGAUUGAUCCGUCGCUGACCAAUGAAGAUAGCAAGACCCUCAUUCAUACCUUUCAACUGUUUGUGAACGCUCAAGCGAAUCCUUAUGCUUAUAUGAUGGACGAUGACAAACAUCCGGAGUACCUCAGACCAGGGUCUGCGAUCGGGUUGUUUGAAAAUGCUCUGGCUUACUUGAAAAGCUUUCAACAUGCUUCAUUCCGAGUGGCACUCCGUCAAGAGUUGACAAUUGCCUUCCUGAGGCAAAGACCUGUCCGGCUACCUCUAGAAACAUGGACGAUCCUGCAAGGUUUCGAUAAAGCAGAGGACUUCAUCUGGUCCGAUCGACACCUUUACCACUGUGCCAAAGUUCUCCAAUUCUGCUUUGGUGGUGACGGCGGUACUGGCAAGACCCAGACUGAACGAUGGAACGAGCUUCGACACUUCGAGAUACAAUGGGACCAAUUCAAGCCGUUGUCGUUCGCGCCUAUCCAUUAUCAGGAGCCGGAUCGCUCAAAGGGAGAAUGUCUCCCGCACAUUUGGUAUAUGGCGGAGGUCCACGCCACGGGAUUGUUGGCUUUGGACCUGGCGCGGAUUCUUUUGACAGUCUACAACCCGAACAUACCGCGAAUCGGGCCAGGAGUAACAGCAGCCCAAAAGAGGAUUGCGGAUGAAGUGCACGAUAUAGUUAUUCGACUGUGUGGGACUGCAAUGUCUCUGGGUGGGACAGCAGCAUCCAAUGCUUCCUCACAGCCAGCGAUGGUACAGGCGUACAUGGCGGUUGUUGUUUGCGGCGAGUACUUUUCGGAUCCCCUCGAACAACGCGCUCUGCUGGGCAUUUUGGACAGGUUGAAGGACGAACAUGGUUGGCCCACAGGAAAAACGGCUAUGCAAUUGAAAAGGGAAUGGGGCUGGAACUAA